AGGUUUCGGUCAAAGGUUAACAAUGGAUGUUGUUAUAGUUGGAAGCUGCAUAACAGACUUUUCGAGCUAUGUCUCCCACCUUCCUCAAAAAGGCGAGACCUUGACAGGCCACAAAUUUGAAACAGGUUUUGGUGGUAAGGGAGGCAAUCAGUGCAUCGCUGCUGUCAAGCUUGGUGCAAAAACAGCCAUGGUAGCUAAGCUUGGAGAUGAUGUCUUUGGAAAGAGCUAUUUUGAAAACCUGAAAGAUAACAAUGUAAAUUGUGAUCAUGUUCAAAGAGUAACUGGCGAAGCCACUGGAAUAGCCAGUAUAUUUGUUGGUGAUGAUGGCUCAAAUUGCAUUGUGAUUGUACCAAAUGCUAAUGAUUUACUGACGACCGAUGAUGUAGAGAAAGCAGAGGAUCUUAUUAAAUCAGCAAAACUUGUUGUCUGCCAAAAUGAAGUGCCCAGGGAGACAACUCUGUAUGCCCUAAAACUUGCACAAAAGCAUGGUGUGGUGACCAUUUUUAAUCCUGCUCCCGCCCCACCAAAAGACAUUGAUCCAGAAUUUUUCACAGUGCCUGAUAUCUUUUGUCCUAAUGAAACUGAGGCUUCCACUUUAUUGGGAAUGAAUGUAAACAGUCCAGAAAGUGCUCAAGAGGCUUGCGGGCAGUUCAUAAAUUCAAAAGGAUGCAAAUCAGUCAUUAUAACACUUGGUGAGAAAGGGGCUGUGUACCAAGCCUCUAAAGAUGAUGCCCCUAUUCAUAUACCUACUGUACCAGUGGCAGCUGUUGAUACAACAGGAGCUGGUGAUUCUUUUAUUGGUUCCCUUGCAUUUUUCCUGACCAACCGACCCACCUUAACUGUGCCAGAGAUGAUUCAAAGAGCAGGCCAGAUAGCUGCAGUGAGCGUAACAAAAACUGGCACCCAAAAGAGUUUUCCAAAAGCUGAAGAGGUUCCUGAUUUAGUCAAGUAAAACCUUCAGGAUUGUUUAAUUAUCAUGUUUAUGAAAGUUGAAUGUUUUGUAUUUAGUAAACUUUUAUGUGCAAUGAUUCAGGGAAUAUUGUUAGUGAAUAUGACUGAGCUAGAAUUAAAAUAAGAAUGAGCAGCUGACUUUUCAAUGCAUUUAAAGAAGUACCUACUAUCAACAUUUAUUUAAAUGUUUUUAAUUACUCAAUGCACUACAGAUUUAAUGGAGGUAGGACUAUGUUAUUUUAAUUUAGGGCAUUAUGAUUUGUCUCUUUGUUAAAUGCCAUUAUGAGAUGUUCUUCAUCUGUCAUUUACAAAUACAAUUGUAAUACAUGACAUUAAAAUCUGCAUUCUAAGAAGAU